UCGUAAGCGGUGGUUGAUAGUAAUCCUGCCGGUUUCGGUUCCCUCACGAAUCUCAAGACAUUGAGCAUUCGUAUCGCAUUGGAAUUCGAACCAUCCCCGCUUCGAAAGCGCGUAGUUUGUGCGUAAAGUUUCAUUCGCCUGUGAUUCCGAGUUUGAUAAGAGAAAGUGUUGGAAGAUGAUUGCAAAAUGAAGGAAAAAUCCGUGGCCUACUAGACCCGGCUACGUAUACGCCCGAGUGCGGACCAGUCGUCGGUUUUUCUUCGUCCGCCCUUCCUCCGGGGCCGGCAAUUUCUGUGUGGCCUAUGUUUUGUUCCGGCACGGUCCCGAACACAGCGCACCUGCAGCAAUAAUACCUGCAUGUGCCGACCGUGAAGCUACAUAUCACAAAAUAGGUGUAGUGUCCGUUUUCGUGCCUGGCGAGUGAUACGUUGUGCAGUGCUUUUGGUUUUGGAGAUAAAUCCCAAGUUUGCUCUUCGCAAUAACCACAAUCAUGGCUUCCGCCGUUACAGCAUCCGAGCAAUCAAAGAAAAAUGUUGAAUUCAUCGUCAAAAAUCUAUGUGCUGGAGGUGUGGCCGGGAUGUGUUCCAAAACGGCCGUCGCUCCUCUCGACCGUAUCAAGAUUUUGCUACAGGCACACUCCAUACACUACAAGCAUCUCGGCGUCUUCAGUGGACUGAAGCACAUCGUCAAGAUGGAGUCCUUCUUCGCACUGUACAAGGGUAAUGGCGCCCAGAUGGUACGAAUAUUUCCGUAUGCAGCUACUCAGUUCACUGCGUUCGAGGUGUACAAGAAGUAUCUUGGUAAAGCUUUGGGCCCCAACCUACCGAUCAAGCACGCGGACAAAUUCAUCGCAGGUGCCGCCGCGGGUGUGACCGCUGUUACUUUGACGUACCCACUGGACACGAUACGAGCGCGGUUGGCGUUUCAGGUGACCGGAGAGCACCGGUACAACGGUAUUGCCCAUACCGCUAUCACAAUCUUCCGGACGGAAGGAGGACUGCGAGCGCUGUACCGCGGUUUCGUACCCACGCUGAUGGGUAUGGUUCCGUACGCUGGCUUUUCCUUUUACUGCUUCGAAAUGCUCAAGUUUGUCUGCAUGAAGUAUGCACCGGGCGUGACGUGUAAAAAAUGCGACCGAAACACUGGAGGCUUAGUUCUUACCGUCCCAGCGAAGCUGCUGUGCGGUGGGUUUGCCGGUGCGGUAGCGCAGUCCUUCUCUUAUCCGCUGGACGUGACGCGAAGGCGGAUGCAGCUGGCAAUGAUGAAUCCGGAAACAGCCAAGUUCGGCAUGGGUAUGUGGAAAACGCUAUCGAUUAUCUACAAUGAGAACGGUAUAAUCAAGGGACUGUACCGGGGGAUGUCGAUCAAUUAUCUGCGCGCCAUCCCAAUGGUGGCCGUCUCCUUCUCGACUUACGAGGUGCUUAAGCAGGCACUUAAACUAGACACAGGCAUGAAAAUAUAGCAUGACGAACCGCCUCCUCUACCACCGACGGGUGCCAUUGCACGGGCAUCACACAACCGCUUGACCAGCAUUCGCCAGAAAAAAUCCUUCAUGCCUCUGGUCGAAGGUAGCUUCUGUAGGUGAUUUCUUUUUCGUUUCCAUUAGGGCUUCAUCACAAUGUGCUUCUUUUUAUUAUAUGUUGUUAGUCUCUAGAAAGAUACAUUACAUCAACGACGAUGAGGGAUAGUCCCACUCAGGUUCUUAAAUGGUCGACAAUGGUUUCUAGACACAUUAUUUAUUUCAUCAAUGUCCAACAGUCGUUUUUUUCUGUGGAAGGAAGGUUUUGCAUAAAACGUAUGUAUGGAAUGUUACGGAUGUUGAUGUUUAGUACCAUAGUCUUAGUAUAGCCAGUGACGGAAUGAAACCAUACAGUAAGCUUCAAUCUAUUUACAAAAGAAAAUGAUAGAAGAAGUAGUGUUUGGCUUGAUGUUACUAUGUCAGUACUUAAUCAAAUCGUAUCCUCUUAAAAGCAACUACUAGCAGUUAGGUUCGGAUGGCGAGAGACCUAUUCUGAGCCAUUAUUCGAUUAGCGAAUAAAGGAUUUCACGAUUUUCCUGAAACUACAUAGCAAAAGAGAAUACGACAAAACAACAAUUAAGGUUGUAGCAUCAUGCUAGGGAUUUGUACCGGCAAACACUGUGCGCUUUUGUUUACCAAAAGACUGUGACCAUUUAUGUUUUGCUUUGUAUAGUGUUGGCAGUGGGAAAAUGUUAGUGCAGGUGAAGCUUUCUAUUUUCAUGACUUUAGAACUAAGCUGACGUUCACUGAAUGGGGAUUAAAAUGAUAUGGAAAAAAUAAAGAUAAUAAACUAUUUUGUUUAAA